AUGCUCCAGAAGUUGAACAAAUGGAUGUCGAGGGAGACCAAGGUCAAAUUGUCGAUCAAGAAAAAGAACAAGAUAUCGAACCAGAAGAAGAUGUUGAUGACAGCGUUGAAGAGGAACGUGUCAUUCAAGAGUCAACCACCUCCAAUUCAUCCUGGAGAAACUUCUUUCGAAGAUUCCGUUUUUGGUAGAAAUGACAACUCGAUGUUUACCAAAUCUGCAAACACAGCUCCAUCGCUUCGCCAAUUUCUCUCCUAA